GUCAAAGUUCACGUCAUGGCGGUGGUUGAAAGUUGACUUCGAGACAACACAUAUUUUGUUUGCUUAUCUCACUCCCCCAUCAGACUGAAAUAUGCCGCCUCAGUAUGGGUGGAUCAUCCACUCGUCCAUCUAUGAAGGCAGCAGCAACAUCAGCAACAGCUCCACCAACUGCAGCGAUGGCGUCCAGUGGGUGUGGGUCCUCAUGGCAGACUGUGUGCAUGACUGGAGGGGCCAGGCGUCGGCCAUCUUGGGACUCCUAUCCAUGGUGCUGUGGAUGAUUGUGGGAGUACCUCAGAUGGUGAAGAACUGUCGGAACCUGAACGGUAUGGCUGGCGUGUCCUUCUUCCUGCUGGCCCAGUGGUUUGCAGGUGAUGUCACGAACCUGGUAGGCUCCAUCCUAACACAUCAGCUGGAGAUCCAGGUGUAUGUUGCUGUGUACUACGUUGCAGCAGAUGUUGUCUUACUUGUGCAGUAUGUUGCAUAUCUUUGCCGCAAGCGGAAACUUACCGGUAAACAAGAUGGCGACAGACUCGUCCAGCCAGUGUUGUGUAUAUCAGGGCUGUUCAUGUUCAGCUCCCUCGCCUUCUUCAAAAACAUCCUACCUCACUCCGUAACCACAGGCAAUUACAUCUCCAACUUUGUGGUUAACCAUCAUGCAUCAGGCCGAAAUCUCCUCGCAACAAAUGUUGGCAUGAAGGUGUUUUAUAACACAGUAGACGAGACUGGGUAUGCCAUUGGUGUGGUAUCUUCACUGUUUUAUGUCGGAUCAAGAGUUGCUCAGAUAGUCAGGAAUUACAAGUUGAAGUCCACAGAAGGCUUGUCAAAGGUGAUGUUCGUGCUGGCUGUAUUUGGUAAUCUGGCUUAUGGUCUAGCCAUCAUUGUGCACUCUUUGGAUGGUGUAUUCCUGAUUCGACACUUGCCAUGGAUUGUUGGAAGUCUGGGAGUUAUCUUCCUUGAUGUAACUAUAUUGGUACAGUUCCAUUAUUAUGAACAGAGGAACUUUGAUUCCUUGUCCAGGGCACCCCUUGCUGAGGAUCAAGUCAUCAACGUUGACCCAACCUCUUUUUUUAACUGAAGACCAGCCUUGAUUCAGUGACCUCAUGACCUUGAUGAAAGGUGACAGUGACUGAAAAUGACCUUGACCUUCAUUCAAGUUGACCUUGCACAAAUAUCAAAAGUUCAGUUGUGAUAAUCUGGUGACUGUCACAUGAAAUGUGUUGGUAACUGGUUGAGCAAUGGAAAUUGUUGACCCAGAUUUUGCUCACCGUUUUGUAAGUGUUAGGUACUUGAUUUUUUUGAUUGAAUACAUGAAGUAUGAUUGUUUCCUUUUCUAAAAAACUGUUUGAACAGUUGGUUGUCCAUGACUUGUUUUGACAAGUACAAUCUUUCUGACUCGUUUCUCUUGCCGUCAAAGCUUUCCUUUUAUCAGCUGAAUGAUCUGUUGUCAAACAAGACAUCAUAAUCACUGCCCAGCAUGACAGCAAGGGUUUGUUGUGUUUUGUAUAACAACAAUAUUUUGUUCAAUCAUAUAUUGUACUGGAAAUGAAUUAAAGAACACCCACAUUUAGAAGGCUGUGUUGCAAUACCCACCAGCCAUAACAGAUUUACUUAGUCAUAUAAAAAAGUCUUGAGUUCUUUAACUCUUCACUGGAAGUAAUGAUGAAAACUAAUGCAUUCAAGAGUAAUGAGCAAGUUGUUACAUGAUAUGCAUCAUGAAGUAUGAUUACUUGAUUAUGUUGAUAUUAAUUCUGUAGAGAUGCUCAUGCUGUUGAUCACUGGAUCAUCUGGUCCAGACUCGAUUAUUUACAGACCACCACCAUAUAGCUGGAAUAUUGCUGUGUGUGGUGUUAAGCAAUAUUCAUUCAAUCAAUCUUUAGUUUUAUCCUUCAUCCUUUCUCUAGUCUCUUUUUAUCCACAAUUUCAUAUUUUACUCUGAGUUCCUGAUAUUCAUUUUUUAUGGAACCAUUUCUUUGAUUUUAUCUUCAUUGUCUGAAUCUCAGUGAAUUUCUCAAAGACAAACAGCUACGGUUACUCAUACAUCUUUGUUUUGAAAUAUCAGUUUGUUUUGAGUACAUGUACUUGGUUUAUGGAUACUGGAGCCAAUCAUUCCACUAACAUUAAAUAAAUAGUCAUAUGUUCCAUGUCAGAUUUAAUCUGAUGUUAGUAACAAAAUAACAGACCACAGAGAAACAUUUUGAAUGGAGGUUACCCUUUUCAUUCAGAAAACACUCAUUUUUUGCAAUUCUUGAUGAGAUCACUUUCAGAAACAUCAUUUAAAUUUCAUCUAUUGACGUCCCAAAUUGGUAAACCAAACAUCAAAAGGCAUUACAUUGGUUAUGAUCUGAUUUUCUUGAAAAAUGUAGAGAUUUUUCUUUCAAAAGCAUUUGGUAGUUAUUCUGUCUCACAAGGCAGUAUCACUGUUUAUAUGUAUAUAUUAGUUAUAUAGGAGAAAGAUCUGUCCUUGUAAACUGACAGAACUUGUACAACUUGUAAAUAAAGAUAAUUUAUUAGCUAAUUUUACAACAAAUGUAAAUUAGAGGCACAAGCUGAUUGAUUGACAAAGCGAGAAGAGAAAUAUUAUUUUUGAUCAUUUCUUUUCCAAAAUAUUGGAAACUUGGCCCGAAGCAUAGUGAUAUGAAUAUUAUAUUUUGUAUGAAUGUCAUUGAGUUGAAUACUGAAGUAAUAAUGUAGUUUUUGUUCUUUUUUAAUGAAUUCUUCCAGUGUAGCUGUUUGGUUGUCAUGGAAGCGUGUGAUUUCAAUGAUUUAUUAAGAUAUUCCAGAGAUGAUGUCUGGUUGGUUGGGUAAACAUCCAAAGAGAGUUCAUAAUUAAUGUCCCUUAAGGUUUUAGUUAUGAUAGUUUCUGUUGGUAGUAUGUUUUUGUCAAAAAUAUAUUUCCCUGUAUCAAAUAUUCAUUUCGGAAAUGCUGCAAAACUUUAAAUCCUCUAAUUAGUAUCAAUGUAUUACUGCUCAAGAAUACAUUUUGAUAGAAUAAUUUUUUUUCUCAAUUCCACAUGAACAAGGCCAAUUCUCCAUUGUUAUGCUUACUGUAAUUACAGCCAUUGAAGAUGAGAGGGACGGUGGGCUAGCCCAGUGGUUAAGGCAUUUGCUCGUCACACGAAGACCCAGGUUCGAUUCCCCUCAUAAGCACAAUGUGUGAAGCACAUUUCUAGUGUCCCCCACCGUGAUAUUGCUGUAAUAUUGCUAAAAUUGGCAUAAAACUCACUCACUCACUCACUUGAAGAUGAGUCACUUUUUUAUAAUGGUAUUAUCCUGUUUAUGUGGAUACAGAAUAUUUUUGAUGAAUGUUGCAUCUUGUGAGAAGCUGAAACUUGAUUCUGUGUGUCUGUGUAUUUGUACAAUAUGUCUGCACAUUGUUGUAUUUAUUGCAAUCAUGGUGAUGAUGCAAUACUUUAAGAAGAUGGCAUGUGGUUUAAACAUAUUUUUAUUCAACUAAAAUUGAAUAGGGAUCGGUGAAC